AUGAAAAACCAUGCUACCUUUAUAAUGAACAGGGCACGAAAAGAAUACUACGCAGAUUUUAUUAAUGAAAAUAGUACUGAUCAAGGGAGGCUGUUCAGAGCGACAGAGAAGCUCUUAGCCCCAAUUGAUGACCUUUGUUUUUCUGAAUAUAAUAACAACAGUUUGCUUGAUAAUGACGUCGGCAGAUUCUUUUUCCUGAAGACUGACAAAAUCCGCAAAGAUCAUGAUGCCACUGAUAUCGAACCAAAUGAACUUAACAGAUUACUACCAGUAGAUCCUGCAGUUAGAACAAAUUACACGGCUUCCGCCUACUAUGCCAAGAAGAUGUCCUUCAGCUCGUACAAAGGUCGGCUAAGAAAACGUGCCCACUCGACCCCAUGCCUACAUCGAUGGUUGUGA